CCAAACACCUAAAAUCGCGGACGGAGGCCUCCCUCUAUCCCUCUUUGGCUUCUAUGGCGUCCCAUUCAUUUUUCAGCUGAAAUUAGGGUUCCUCAAUUACCCAAAAUUCAUACUAAUAAUUUUCCACAUAAAUUUGAUAAAAAAAACUGGAUAAUUUCUGAUGGCGACAACUCUUCUCUCCUCUAACGCUACCGUUUCCACUCCUUUUCUCGGCCAGAAACUUGCAACUCAUAGAGUAAGAGUAAAUUCGAAGAAGAGUUCGAGUUGGACGCUUCCGCCGAGAUUGUUGAAUUUUAGGAGCCCCAGGUGUGCAGUCGAUGCACCAUUUGGAGGUAAUAUUUCAAAAUUUCCUAGGAUUAAUGUCUGGGACCCGUUCAAGCGAUUAGGUAUAGGUAGGAAUGCUUCCGAGGAGGAAGUAUGGAGUGCGCGCAACUUUUUGUUGAGUCAAUAUGCCGAACAUGAGAGGAGUUUUGAGUCAAUUGAAGCUGCUUUUGAGAGAAUACUAAUGGCUAGCUUUAGGAAUAGGAAAAAGACUAAAAUCAACUUGAAGAGCCAGCUAAAGAAGAAAGUGGAAGAAUCUCCACCUUGGGUUAAGAACCUGCUUAAUUAUGUUGAACUUCCUCCUGGUGUGAUUAUUCUGAGAAGGUUGUUCCUGUUUGGAUUCAUGGCAUGCUGGAGUGUGUUGAAUUCUGCUGAUGCUGGACCAGCCUUCCAGGUUGCAAUAUCUUUGGCAGCAUGCAUAUACUUCCUCAAUGACAAGAUGAAGAGCUUGUUUAGAGCUGGCAUUACCGGAUUUUUGGCUCUUUUUGUUGGUUGGUUCUUGGGUUCACUAUUGGCUCCCAUGAUUCCAACGGUUUUGGUACAUCCAACCUGGACACUGGAACUCCUUACCUCACUCGUAGUGUAUUUCUCCUUGUUUUUAGCUUGUACUUUCCUCAAGUAAGUCUUGAAUGUAAUCAAAUGAACCAACGUCUGUGGCAUCAGAUGGUCAUCCACGAGGCAAAUUCUAACGUCAUUCAUUGAUCCCAAUGAUACAUGUCGGUCAUGCUUGUUAUCUUGGCCAGUUGAAAUUUACUCUAAUUGUACUUUGUUGAUUUGAGAGUAUUAAAGAUAUCAAUACAGGUAUACAAUAUCAGGUUUAUCCA